AUGGAGCUAACCGUGAAACUAGCCCCGCCUCGGAUAACCGUGGCGAAACGAUUACGGGUCUUGGGAAAAUUCGCCUCAGUCCGCAAGAUCCGGCACCUGGUGUCCGGGGUGGAAUACGCCGCGAAGUUCAUCCGCAAACGGCGUCGCGCCGCGGACACCACGAGGGAGAUUCAGCACGAGGUCGCCGUGCUGGCGCUCUGCGCUGACUGCACGCGCGUUGUACGCUUACACGAGGUAUACGAGACUCGUUCAGAAGUUGCCAUAGUGCUGGAGCUGUGCGCUGGUGGGGAGCUCCAGCGCCUGCUGGACGAGGAGGAACGGCUGUCCGAAGGCGCCGCGAGGAGAGCGCUGAGGCACGUCCUAGAAGGGCUGGCGCACUUGCACGCCAGAAGGGUCGCCCACUUAGACUUGAAGCCACAGAACCUGCUGCUCACCGCCGGCGGUGAAGAGCUUGUCAUCUGCGACUUCGGCAUCAGCCGCGCCAUACAGCCCGGCGCGCACGUCAGGGAGAUUCUUGGCACGAGGGAUUAUGUUGCGCCAGAAAUCCUGUCAUACGAGCCACUGUCGCUCGCGGCUGACAUAUGGUCAGUGGGCGUGCUGGCCUACGUGCUGCUCAGCGGCUACUCGCCAUUCGCCGGAGACACGAAGCAAGAGACCUACCUGAACAUAGCUCAGUGCCAGCUCUCCUUCCCCAAGGACCUCUUCUGGGGGGUCUCGCAGCGCGCGAUGCAAUUCAUCAAGGAGACACUCGUCGUUGAUCCAAAUGGUCGUCUCACAGUGGAAGAGUGCCUGGAGCACCCCUGGUUGAAGGACGAAUCGGACAUCCCACGGGCCAUAGUCGGAGUCGGCUUCGACGCGGACUCGGAAGUGGGCUCGGACGAUGACGACACGGACAACGGAGAAGACGCCGCGGAGAACGGAAAUGACGUCACAAACGGGGACGGCGUCAUAGUGAAGAACGGCUCCGCUAGAGCAAACGGAGUCAACGGAGUGAACGGCCACAACGGAACUAAGUACAAUGGGAUGGCGAACGGCACACAUGAAGUAAAAGAAUCAGAUUCCCGGCCGUCCUCACCAACACAUCCGCAGCCCGAGAUCAGAGAGGACGACGAACGCGAUAAGCCCCUAAAGCAUGCGAGGGACGCGUCGCCACCCUUCCCCGAUGCACCAUCCACACCCAAGAUCUUUGUGCAGGUGUCGCGCAAGUCUCACCCGCAGCCGCCCUCCGUGCUAGCCCUGUGCAAGAAGUUCCAGCCGGACUACGAGAAGCCGGCGAAGCUUUCCCACGCCCACGCAUCCCACGGCGAGUUGUGCGCAUGUCCCGCGCCGUGCCUGCGCCUGCGCGCCACGCAGGAUCGUGCCGUGCUCUGCUAG